UUAGACGGAGCCUAUAAUUUAAAUUAAAUAAUUAUUUUAUCUUUGAAGUUCCAAACGUGCCAAAGCGUGUUUUAUUAUUAAUUGUUGCUGAUAUAAUAACUUUAUUAUUUCACUAAUUAAUAUGAGAUCCACAGCAAAAAUUCUAAAACUGAUAUCUUCUUCGGAAGACUGUAAAUCACAAGAAAAAGAGCCGUCUACUAGUGACUCAGUAAAAGAUCCGAGUUCAUUUGAUGAGGAAAAAAAGUUUAAAGUAGUUUGGGGCAAAAAUUCCUCAAAGAAGCAUAAAAGUUAUGAAGAUGAUGGUGUUUUAUUAGUAACUAAGAAUUCUAUUGUACUCAAAAAUUCAUCAGGUUCUGUUAUAGCACAAACAAGAAGUAUCGAUGACGGUUUAUUGGAACCAGAAUCUACAUUUAGUGUUGGUUCUAAAAUAGUUCAGAUUGUCGAAGUUAUAAGUAAACCAAUUUUGAAAAGCGUAUCAUUAAACACAGAAGAGAAAUUACCACAUACCGAAACUUACAAAAAGUUAUCAGGAAUUGCCCAACCAACAAAACAUAAAGGAAGAACAACAUCAGAAAUAUUGAAAGCUUGUAGUCAAACCUGUACAAAACUUAGCCAAAAAGAAAACUGUAAUAUUGAUAAUAGUUUCAAUGUCUUGCAUCAAAAUGCAAUUGAAACAGAUAACUCAAAUCGCAUUGCCAAUGAUAUCAAAUACAAUGUUAUUUGGGGUAACAGGACAAGUAAGAAAAAUAAAACAUUUGAAGAGGAUGGCAUAUUAAAAUUUGUCGAAGGUGCUGCUAUUUUAUAUGAUACUGCAGGAACUGUUGUGGAUAGAUCUAAAAACAUUAAAUGUAGUACUAUAGAAUAUGGUAAAAUAAUCAGCAUAGGAAGCAAGGAUAUACAAGUUUUAGAUAGUAUUUCAAAUGAACCAAUAUCAUCAACUACAAGACAUAUUUUGACCAAAGAAAAUGAUGAAAUUAAAUCUCUGAAGAUUAUGAAAACUAAAAAAAUGGAUGAAUGUACUAAUUCUCCAAGAAAAGAAACACAAUUUAGUAAUGAACAAUCCAAGAAAACAUUUAAGGUAGUUUGGGGUAAAAUAACAAAUAAAAAAAAUAAAACAUAUUCUAAUGAUGGUUACUUGGAAACCCAUGGUGCAUCAGUAAUAUUGAAAAAUGAAGGUGGAACUAUAUUAGAGAAAUCAAAUAAAAUUGAUCCUUUGUGUAUUUUCGAAGGAGGUACAAUGAAUAUUGGAUCAAAAGCGAUAGAAAUAAUAGAACAGAUAGAUGAUAUUAGGACGAUUCAACAUGAAAUAAAUGCUUCUAUAGAUGAAGAUGAACCAGUAGCAAAAAAAAUUAAAAAACUUACUGGAAAAUCUAUUUCAGUUUCAAAAUCAUAUACAAGACUAAAAAAAAAUUGUGUGAGUUAUGAGCCUAUAGCUUUUCCAGAACCAGAUGCAGAACAUCAGUGGCUUAAUAAUAAAGAAAAACGGCCGCUUUGCCAGGUUUCUGUGGACCCUUGUUUGGCAAGGGUGCUUAGACCACAUCAAAAAGAUGGUGUAAUAUUUUUAUAUCGUUGUUUAAUGGGAUUUUUUGGCGAGCAUAUUGGUGCAGUACUAGCAGAUGAAAUGGGACUAGGAAAGACUUUGCAAUGUAUAACUAUUAUUUGGACACUGUUAAAACAAGGUCCAUACGGGUCACCUUGUAUACAGAAAGUAUUAAUUGUAGCACCCUCCAGCCUUUGCGCUAACUGGGAAAAUGAAUUCAUGAGGUGGCUUGGGGCAGAAAGAAUCGUCGUUUUUGUAGUGAAUUCUAAAAAUAGACCAAAAGAUUAUAAAAAAUUGCAAAAGAUACCAGUUUUGAUUAUUUCAUAUGAAAUGGUAUCAAGAUGUUUUGAAGAUAUCAAAACCAUAUGUUUUGAUUUAAUUAUAUGUGAUGAGGGUCACCGAUUGAAGAAUAUGUCAGUAAAAAUUAGUUCUCUGCUCAUGCAAUUUGAUUGUAAGCGUCGUGUAAUAGUAACAGGGACGCCUAUACAGAAUGAUUUGCAGGAAUUUUACUCAAUAGUAAAUUUUGUAAAUCCAGGAAUCUUAGGCACAUUAGCUGAAUUCAAAUCAUACUACUUGCAACCAAUUGUCGCAUCCCAACAAUUAAACUGUAGUGAAAUUGAUAAAGUAUGCGGUGAACUUAAAGUUAAAGAAUUGCAACAAAAAACUGCUCACUUUAUACUAAGGAGAACGCAAGAGAUAAUAAAUAAAUAUUUACCCAAAAAGAAAGAAUUAAUCAUAUUCUGUAAAAUUACUGAUAUACAGAAACAAAUAUAUCAAACUGCAUUGGAUUAUUAUGAAUCUCGAAAACUUUCUAUAAAUAAUGAUGUUAUGCAUUUGCAAUUAAUAAACUUUUUAAAAAAAAUAUGCAAUCAUCCAUGGCUUAUCAAAUAUGAUUCAAUUAAAGAUAUGGAGAAUGCUGGAGAUUUAAAGAGUCAUUUGUGUGACAUAAUAAAUAACAAGGAUAUGGAUAUAAAUGAUUCUGUAAAAGUUAAAAUAGUACUUAACUUAUUGAAGGAAGUCUAUAAUAACAAAGAGAAAAUUGUACUGGUAUCCUAUUUCACACAAACAUUGGAUAUGUUGGCCGACUUAUGUAAAACUAAUGAAUUUAUUUAUGCAAGAUUAGAUGGCUCCACACCUACUGCAGAUCGUCAAAAUAUAAUAGAUGAAUUUAAUAGUCCUCAUUGCAAAACCUUCGUCUUUCUAUUAAGUGCAAAAGCUGGUGGGAUUGGACUAAAUAUAACAGGAGCUUCAAGAUUAGUAUUAUUUGAUACUGAUUGGAAUCCUGCAACCGAUUUACAAGCCAUGUCCAGAAUUUGGCGUGAUGGUCAGAAGAAAUCUGUUUAUAUUUACAGGCUUAUCACUACAGGUACGAUAGAGGAAAAAAUGCUCCAAAGACAAAUAUCUAAAACAAUUUUAUCAGGAGCAGUUGUUGACACACAAAAUAAUUCUCUAAAAUUAUCACAAGAAGACUUAAAGCUGAUCUUUUCUUUAAAUGAUCAGAAAUGCACAACCCAUGAUAUACUGCAAUGUGAUUGCAAAUGUGAUGGAUCAAUUCCAAUAUCACUUACUGAAAAGACUGAUGCUAGCACUUCAACUCAAAAUAGAUCAUGUCAACUAAGUCUGACAAGUUCUACUGACAAUAUUAAAAAAUGCUUAAAAAUGAAUGAACUAUUCCAAUGGGAGCACCAUGGAUUUCCGAUAGCACAAGAUAUACUCAAAGAUUUGGGAUUGUUUGAAUCAGCAGAAGAUAUUUUGUUCAUGUUUAAAAAUGAAAAUACUACUUAAAUUUUACUCAAUAGUUUAAAAAUAUAAUUAAUGUUGUGAUAUACCUUUUUAUUUUUGGAUUAAAUUAUUAUAAACAGAAA